ACCGUCCACGGCCCGUCCCCCCGCCCCCGCAGCACGCCGCGCAGGCGCAGUACCCUGCAGACCCGGAAGCUGAGGGAAGGGCACAGUCAGGAUUGAAUUCUCAAGACUGAUCUUGUCUGAGGAAGAAGCAGCUUAGAGGAGGAGGAAGAGGAAAGGAGGGAGUCAGGAAUGGCUGUUUGUCAGGGACGCAUGACAUUCAGGGAUGUGGCCAUAGAAUUCUCUCAGGAGGAGUGGGAGUGCCUGGACCCUGCUCAGAGGGCCUUGUACAGGGACGUGAUGGUGGAGAACUACAGGAACCUGGUCUCCCUGGGUGAGGAUAAUGUUCCUCCAGAAGUCGGGAUCUGCCCCAAAAGCUCUGCUAGAUUCAUGAUCAAGGAAUUACUACCAAAGAAAGAAAUUAGUAACAGAGAAUUAUGCCAACCAGUGGUCUUGGGAAGACAUGAAAGCCAUGGCCUUGAGGAUUUUGACUUCAGGGAAGUUUGGGGAAAUAUGUAUGAAUUUGAGAGUAAGUGUGGAUAUGAAGAAAGAAAUUCCAAAGGAGUGCUUGUGACAGGUACUGUAAAUCUCCCUGGUAGAAAAGAUAAACAAGACAGCAAAUCCUGGAUUAAUUUACCGAUAAAGCAGAGUGUUUCUUUAAGAAAAAGUGCAUAUCAAAAUUUUAAACAAGGGAAGUCAUUAGUAAAAAAUUUGUUAAAAAUAAAAAAUAAUAUAGUCUAUGCAGGAAAUAAGUAUACAAAAUGUUUUGAAAAUAGAAUUGGAUUAAGCUUUCAGUCACAUCUGGUUGAACUGCAGAGACUUCAAACUGAGGAGAAAAUUAAUGAAUGUGAUCAAGUUGAGAAGUCUGUCAAAACUUGUUCUUCAGUUUUGCCACUUCAAAGAUUUCUUCCUAGUGUCAAAACCAACCUUUGUAAUAAAUAUGGAAGGGUUUUUAUGUUUCCUUCAUUGUUCACACAGCACCAGAAAACAAAAAUUAGAGAAAAACCAUACAAAUGUAAUGAGUGUGGAAAGACUUUUAGCCAUCAUUCAGUCCUUACUAGUCAUCAGAGAAUUCAUUCUGAGCAGAGACCUUACAAAUGUAAUGAGUGUGGUAAAGCCUUUAAGCAGUUCUCAAACCUCACAAGACAUCAGAGAAUCCAUACGGGAGAGAAACCGUAUAAAUGUAAUAUCUGUGAUAAGGUCUUUAAUCAAAAUUCCCACCUUACAAAUCAUUGGAGAAUUCAUACUGGAGAAAAACCAUACAAAUGUCAUGAAUGUGGUAAGGCUUUUAUCAAAUGUUCAGAUCUCUGGCGUCAUGAGAGAAUUCAUACUGGAGAGAAACCUUACAAAUGUAAUGAAUGUGGUAAGGGUUUUACCAAACGUUCAUAUCUUUGGGAUCAUGAGAGAAUUCAUACUGGAGAGAAACCAUACAAAUGUAUUGAAUGUGGCAAGGUUUUUAGGCAGUGGUCUACCCUCAGGAUUCACCGAAGAAUUCAUACUGGUGAGAAACCUUAUAAGUGUAAUGAGUGUGGCAAGGCUUUUAAGCAAUGCUCACACCUCACUAAGCAUCAGAAUGUACAUCCUGGAGAGAAGCCACACAAAUGUACUAUGUGCACCAAGGCUUUUAUCCACAUUUCAAGCCUUAUGAAACAUCAGAAAAUCCAUUCUGGAGAAAAACUAUACAAAUGUAAUGAAUGUGGUAAGGCUUUUAUCCAAAGCUCAAGUCUUGUGGAACAUCAGAGAAUUCAUACUGGUGAGAAACCUCACAAAUGUAAUGAAUGUGGCAAAGCCUUUACUGUGCGUUCAAGCCUAACUAAACAUAAAAAAAAACAUACUGGUGAGAAACCUUAUAAAUGUAAUGAAUGUGAUAAAACAUAUACACAACUUAUACACCUUACUAGACAUCAGAAAAUACAUAGUGAAAAGAAACAUUAUGAAUCUAGCAUACGUGAUGAUGCUUUUAUUCAAAGCUCAAGCUUGGGGGAUCAUCAGAGAAUUCAUGGAAGAGAGAAACCUUACAGAUGUCAUGAGUGUGGCAAAUCCUUUAACUGGUGUUCACGCCUUACUCGACAUCAGAGAACCCAUACUGGAGAGAAGCCAUAUAAAUGUAAUGUGUGUGGCAAGGCCUUUAGUCAAAAUUCAAACCUUACAAUUCAUCAGAGAAUUCAUACUGGAGAGAAACCUUACAAGUGUAAUGAGUGUGGCAAAGCCUUUAAGCAGUAUUCAAGCCUCAUAAGACAUCAGAAUAUACAUCCUGGAGAGAAACCACACAAAUGUGUGUGGUAAGGCUUUUAUCAAAGUUCACACCUUUGGGGUCAUGAGGGAAUGCAUCCUAGAAAGAAGCCAUACAAAUGUAUUGAAUGUGGCAAGGCCUUUCGACGAUGGUCUGACCUCAGGAUUCACCAAAGAAUUCAUGCUGAAGAGGAACCUUAGAAAUGUAAUGAAUGGCAUAAAUCAAUUAACCGUUUUUCACAAUACGCUAUAUAUACAUCAGAGAAUUUUUUUUUUAAUUUUUUAAUUUAUUUGCGAGAGAGAAUGAGAGACAGAGAGCAUGAGAGGGAGGAGGGUCAGAGGGAGAAGCAGACUCCCUGCUGAGCAGGGAGCCCGAUGUGGGACUCGAUCCCGGGACUCCAGGAUCAUGAUCUGAGCCGAAGGCAGUCGCUUGACCAACUGAGGCACCCAGGCGCCCUACAUCAGAGAAUUUUUACUAGGGAGAACUAGUCCAAGAUUAGUCAACCUCAGAUGUUAAAUUCUUCACAGUAAGUAAAAGUCAAAAUCAUUUUAAGACUCAAGAGAUGAGUGUCAGUGGAGCAAGGAGAGCUUUAGGAAUGUAACAUUUCUUUUAAAAAUACUUCUAUUACUUGAGGUUCCUUGAAAGGCCUACAUCACUAUUGAUGUCUUUUGAUCUGAAGUUUGGAAUUUGUUGAUGUUAUACCUUCAUUACAUGUUUUUCAUGUGUUACCAUGAUGGUCUCUGGGAGCAGAUCAGUAAGAUAAAGGGCCUACUUUAUUAAAUGGGAAUCAUUCACAUCGAUAUAUCCUGAAGGAACACUGAAUUUUAACAUACAGUGUUUUGUGGAAUUGAAUGAGUACACAGGUUGGGCAGAGAAUAUAUGUAAAAGAAUGAUGUAAAUAAUAUGUUCAGGAUCCCUUUUACAGAUUUGUCUUUAUAACAGAGGGCCACGGAUUAUCAGAAACCACUGCUCUGCCAGAGGAGCAUGAAACAGCAGGCUUUGAGAUUGAGAGACAGAUUUUCAUGAUAGGUUAGUAGGGAUUGCUUAUGUGAUAGAAAUAAUGGAGAAAUGAUGGUCAUCCUCUCCCUUUAAUGAAGAUAGUGGUUGUAUAUCAAAGAUGAGUGAACAGUUAGUCUUAUUUUGGGGAACUAAAGAGCAGUUAUCAGAAGAACUUAAUCAAAACAACCAGAAUACAGUGUACAGGUAUAGUAUUCCCGUUUAACCACUACACUGAUGCUGUUUUACUCAGAAUGUAUCAUACUUAUGUUUUAAGUAAUAAAAUUUAAA